UUGGACAAUGAGCCCCUGAAGCUGCUCGUUCUUGCCCAGCAAACUGCUGCUGUGUCUCUGAGUGAAGAUUGAGCUUCACUCCUGACUGCAACUUCCUCCUCAGUCCAACAUCUGUGAGCGCAAAACUCUUUUUUUUCCACGUUCCUAUUUAUUUUCUUAUUCUAGGGCUAGUUUGUUGACUGCAGGAACUGAAAGGAAAGGAAGUAAAUCCAUUAUUGGGACAGAGUCUGGAAAGGUUGGCCAAGGUCUUCUCUCUUAAAGACAUUGGCAUCCAUUGCUCCCAUUGUUUGGUCCCAUUCUAUCAUACAAUGAUGAUAUCACCAGCAGGAUUUCUAAACGUACACUGAAAAAUUGACAGUGAUGAUAUGCAGUAUUCCAGAAGUGGCCUCACCAAUAUCCGGUACCGCCAAAACAUGACCUCUCAACUCCUAUACUCAAUGUUCUGACCAGUGAAGGAUAUUGAAAGCGGAGGAUUUACAGAUUGAAGUUUGACCAAAUGUAACAACGAUAUCUGACAGUUAUUCAGUCUUCCAUGAGCUGAAUAUCAUUAUCCUUUUAAAUUUAGACAGAGAAAUGUUUGUUGAAUCUCUCUGCUUCAGGGUGUAAACAACGACUUGGACUGGAAAAAUAACCACAUAAGUGCACAGUGAGUGUGUUCCAAUGCGCAGGCUGUGGAAAAACCUAUAACUCGUUUCCCAACCUGAAAAUAACGUUGCGCGACACACAGUGGCAAGAGACUGUACAUCUAUUCUUUCAGUGAUCAAAACUUGUCAAAUUUGGAGAGCAUCCGCACCAUGGAGAAAUCCUGGAAAUGUGGGGACUGCCAGAAGGGUUUCCGGUCCCCGUCCGAGCUGGAAACACACAGGCGUGUCCACACCGGGGAGAGGCCGUUCACCUGCUCCGUGUGUGGGAAAGGGUUCACUCAGUUCCCCAUCCUGCUGAAACACCAGCGGGUCCACACCGGGGAGAGGCCGUUCACCUGCUUCAUCUGCGGGAAGGGCUUCGCUCAGUCGUGCCACCUGCUGAGGCACCAGCGGGUCCACAGCGGGGAGAGGCCGUUCACCUGCCCCCUGUGCGGCAAAGGGUUCAGUCAUUCCAACAAUCUGCAGAGGCACCAGCAUAUCCACACCGGCGAGCGGCCCUUCGCCUGCUCCGAGUGCGGCAAGCGGUUCAACAACUCGUCCAACUUGCAGAAGCACCAGCGGGUUCACACUGAAGAGAGGCCAUUCCCCUGCGCCGAGUGCGGCAAGGCAUUUGCUCAGUUAUCCGGCCUGCAGACCCACCAGCGGGUUCACACCGGGGAGAGGCCGUUCUCCUGUCCCGACUGCGGCAAGGCCUUCCGGUUCCCUUCCAACCUCCAGAAGCACCGGCGCGUUCACACCGGCGACUGGCUGUUCACUUGCUCCCUGUGCGGAAAGGGGUUCACCCAGUCUUCCAGCCUGCUGAGGCACCAGAGCAGCCACACGGCGGAGAGGUCAUGCAGAUGCGCUGACUGUGGCGGCGCUGGGGGGCACUUUCAGAGCUCCGCGGAGCUGGCGCCGAGCCAGGCCGAGGAGAGGCCGUUCGGCUGCUCUCACUGCGCCAAGAGGUUCAGGAUACUGUCCAAACUGAGGAGGCACCAGCGGGUCCACACCGGGGAGAGGCCAUUCUCCUGCUCAGAGUGUGGCAGGGGGUUCAAGACCUCGUCCAACCUGCUGAACCACCAGGUCACCCACACCAGCGAGAGACCCUUCCUGUGCCCCGAGUGUGGCAGCAGCUUCAAGAGCUCCGGGGACCUGAUGGUGCACCAGCGCAUCCACACCGAGGAGAGGCCAUUCGGCUGCUCGCACUGCGCCAAGGGCUUCAGAACAUCGUCCGACCUCAGGAGGCACCAGCGGGUGCAUACCGGGGAGAGGCCAUUCGUCUGCUCCGAGUGUGGGAAGGGCUUCAGCACCUCGUCCAACCUGCUGAACCACCAGGUCACCCACACCAGCGAGAGACCCUUCCGGUGCCCCGACUGCGGCAGCGGCUUCAAGAGCUCCCGCAACCUGAUGCUGCACCAGCGCAUCCACACCGAGGAGAGGCCAUUCGGCUGCUCGCACUGCGCCAAGCGAUUCCGCAAGUCGUCUGACCUGCUCCGACACCAGCGGGUCCACACCGGGGAGAGGCCGUUCGCCUGCUCCGAGUGCGGCAAGGGAUUCAGUCAGUCGUCCAGCCUGCAGACGCACCGCCGAGUUCACAAGAGGUUACUGGGGUUGGAUUGUGCUGUUAUCGCCGACGUGGAUCACCUCCAGGACUGAAUCCUGUGGGAUCCCUAACAGUGUGGAAACAGGCCCUUUGGC